CGCCGCAGACCAAAGACACGGUUUCCUCGAAGAAACCUACCAACCACACCACACCACACCACAAAGGAAGCAUGCUGUCGCUGGCCUCCCUCGGUCGCUCCCUGGCGCAAACCAGCAAGACACCGGCGGUGCAACGCUGCCUCUCCCGCCGCGCCGCGUCCGGGCUCUGCGGGCUGCCGGACGAAAGGGAUUCGCACUGGCGUUUGCGCUCGGGCUCGGAGGCCGCGAGCUCGCAGGAAGACGGGACGGCCCAGGGAUCCCCGGGGUUGGCGAACCCGGGGGAUUCCCUCGCGGACCACCCCUUUUACGACCAGACGGCGGCCGCCGAGCAGAUGAUCUACACCAUGGAGAACUCGUACUACUUUGCCUCGUACAAGGCCGGGAGCGGCAAGGAGGGACUGGGCAGCUGCUAGCCGCGCGAACGGCGGGAAAGGGAAGGCGAGGCAAACCAAACCAUACCAUACCAUACCAUACCAAUCGACCAAUCGAACGGGACCAACUCUGGGACAUUGCGGCCAAACGAUGUGCC